AUGUCUCUAUUAUCUAUCCGUUCUUCGGAAAUCUUCGACCAGUUCGCGGUUGCCCGCGAUGCGGACCAACCCACCCUUUCGCUUGAUCAGUUUGUGGAUAUUUUGGCCCCAUUCGACACCGAUCUUCCCAAGGAUUCCUUCUCGUUAUUGUACGUGAUUGCUGAUAAAAAUCAGAAGGGCUACCUUACCAGAGAUGACUGGAAUGACUUCAUCUCCACCUUGACUGACACCGACGGUGAGUUCAAGUUGUUGUAUAAGUUUAUCUCCUCUACUCAAUCUUUGAAGGAUCCAAUCACUUAUGAAAGAUGCAUUGAAAUGUUGAACAAAUUGAAUAAAUCCAUCGACCCAGCCUACCAGCAAAACCUCAUCAAGAUGAACUGGACCUACUUCACCAGAUUCUUUGCUCCAAAUGGUUCUAUGAACUUCAAUGAAUUCAUUUCUUUGAUCAACUACUUGCCUCUCACCAAGUUGAUUGGUAACUUCGAAUUAUUGGCCGGUAAGAAGCAAACUAUUGACAACGAACAGAUGAUCCACCUUCUCUCUACCAACUUGAAUCACAAGUUGUCUUCCAAAUUGAAGGGAAACUUGGAAAACAUCGCAGAUUUCUUCCCUGAGACCAACGAAUACUCGUUGUCCAACUUCUUGUUUGUUUACAACACUUUGAGUAAGAUUGAUUUGAUCAAUGAAGUUAUCGCCAACACUCCACCAACUUCUAAGGAUAAAGACGAUAUCAUGAUAAAUAAGCAGGACUUGUACACCCACUUGAAUGACCACCUUCUCAAGUCUUCCAACUUCAAGCCUAUUUCCAUAAACGAAAUUGAAUUGUUGUUCCACUUGAUCAACAAGAAGGAGAAUGACAACAUCCCAAGAAAGGAAAUGAUCAGUUACCUCAAUCCUAACUACCACAACAACAUCAAUACCUUGACUCCAAUUUUUGAGCAUCCUUCUACUUCUCACCCUUCGAAACACGCCAACUCGGAUAACUUUUCCUUGUGGCCCAUUUACGAUUCCCUUUACUCAUUCUUCCUUGGCUCCAUUGCUGGAUGUAUUGGUGCUACUGUUGUCUACCCUAUAGAUUUGGUGAAAACCCGUAUGCAAGCCCAAAGACAUAAGGCUAUGUAUGACAACUCCUUGGAUUGUUUCAAGAAGAUUGUGAAACAUGAAGGUUUGAAAGGGUUGUAUAGUGGUUUGGGUGCCCAAUUAGUUGGUGUUGCUCCAGAGAAAGCCAUUAAGUUGACUGUCAAUGAUUUGGUCAGAAAAAUCGGUACCGAUGAAGAUGGAAAGAUUACCAUGAGAUGGGAAAUCCUUGCUGGUAUGAGUGCCGGUGCCUGUCAAGUUGUGUUCACCAAUCCAUUGGAAAUCGUCAAGAUCAGAUUACAAAUGCAAGGUGGUAGCAAAGUGAAUAACCCAGGAGAAAUCCCAAAGAAACAUUUAAGUGCUGGUCAAAUUGUCAAGCAAUUGGGUCUCAAAGGUUUGUACAAGGGUGCUGGCGCUUGUUUGUUGAGAGAUGUUCCAUUCUCGGCCAUUUACUUCCCCACUUACGCUAAUUUGAAGAGAAUCAUGUUUGGUUUUGACCCUAAUGACAACAAGCACCAAAGAUUGAGCACUUGGCAAUUGUUAGUCAGUGGUGCUUUGGCAGGUGCCCCAGCUGCAUUUUUCACUACCCCUGCCGAUGUCAUAAAAACCAGAUUGCAAGUUGAAUCCAAGACUCACGAAACUAAAUAUAGCGGGAUUGCUCACGCUGCCAGGGUUAUAUUGAAGGAAGAAGGUUUCAGUGCUUUCUUCAAGGGUUCUAUUGCUAGAGUGUUUAGAUCCUCCCCUCAAUUCGGUUUCACUUUGGCGUCUUAUGAGCUCUUACAGAACUUGUUCCCAUUGAGCCCCCCAUUGACCAAGGAAUCCAACUUCAAGACCAUCAGUGGUUACCCAGGUGUUUACAACUUGUCCAAUGACCAGGUUUACAACUCGCAAAGAAAGAAUGAAAGAAUCAUUUACUUGAACAAGAGUGAAUUCAACUCUCAAUACAAAUUGAACGAUGCGUUAGUGAAAUUGCCAGCUGAGUAUAUCUACAAAUCUCAAGAUGCUAUCAAGUUGUUGUUAGACAUUGAUUACAAGUUCGGUAACUUCAAUGAGACCGCUUACAAGAGAUUCAUUGGAAAAUGA